GAUCUUACCUCUUUUUUGCUUUUUCCGUUCUCCAGUUAAAAACAUGAAAAACAGUUUGCAUUCUGGAGCAGUGAAGAGACAGUUCUAGAAGAACUUAGCAAAACUUUGCGCCACUCCGACGAAUUGGCCUAUCUUGUUUAUGCAUGAGUGUCUUCUGCAAAAUUAGAACUACUUUGGGUUCCUUUAAAGAAGUGCAUUUGCUCGGAAUGCUUGCUUAUGCCUGAGAGUUCUGCCUCCUUCCUCCCCCACCCCCACCCCUCCUUGCUCUUUGGCACAACCUCUUUCCUAAAACUCCACUCAGAUGGCUGUAAUGCUGUAUUUGGAGUAAUUGGGAUUACCUUGAGAGCUGUUCCUGAAGCCAUACCUGGCAGUCAUCUAAAUUACAGCUGGAAGAAUUCAUUAGAAUGAAUGAAAACGGGCACUUUGACGUUCAAAGCCCAUCCUGUGUUCUCUGUGGACGGACAGAUGACUGCCCUGAAAAGUAUGGAGAAAAAAGAACAUAUGUGGAAUACAAUCUCACUGUUCAUUAUUACUGUUUGUUGAUGUCAAGUGGCAUUUGGCAGCGAGGGGAAGAAGAUGAAGGUGUAUACGGCUUUUUAAUCACAGAUAUAAGAAAAGAAGUAAAUAGAGCUGCAAAAUUGAAAUGUAAUAUCUGUAAGAAGAAAGGUGCUUCAAUUGGAUGUGUAGCUCCCAAAUGCAAGCGAAGCUACCAUUAUCCCUGUGGGGUCCAAAAGGAAUGUAUUUUCCAGUUCAUGGAAGACUUUAGGUCUUACUGUUGGGAACAUAAACCAGUCCAAAAGUUUUCAGUUAAGGAGUCUAAAGAAUCUUCACAGUGUACAAUAUGCCUGGAUUUGGUUGAACAGCUUCCACUGUACAGUGUACUGAAAAGUCCUUGCUGUAAAAAUGCUUGGUUUCAUCGCGAAUGCUUGCAGUAUCAAGCGUUGAGUGCUGGGGUGUUUUUCUUUAGGUGUACAGUAUGUAAUAACAAGGACAAAUUUCAGAAAGAAAUGUUGAGAAUGGGCAUACACAUUCCAGAAAAGGAUGCAUCUUGGGAACUUGAAGAGAAUGCAUAUCAAGAACUACUGCAAUGUUAUCAGCACUGUGACAUUAGAAGAUGUCUCUGCAAGAAAGGAAGAGACUAUAAUGAACCUGAUAGUAAAUGGGAAAUAAAGCGUUGUCAGUGUUGCGGUUCCCGUGGCACUCACCUGGCCUGUUCAUCUAUGAAAUCAUGGGAACAAAAUUGGGAGUGCAUGGAGUGCAGAAGUAUCUUUGCAAAAUCAGGGAACUAUAGCAAACAGCAAAAGCGUUCUUUGGCUACUUCUGAAAAGACAGAUGGGACAACUUGUUUGAUGGAAGAGCCUUCUCCAAAGAGUCCUCGGCAGUCAUCUGGAUCUCAACACAGCUAUCUCCUCCAAUCAUCAAAGAUAAUGUGCCAGAGCAACUUGACUCCCUGCUCGCGCCUAGAACUUCCAGCAUCCAACAGAAUGACAAUGUCUUUAUCUCCACUCAUGUCAAACAGGAACUGGUCAUUGAGGAAAAAGCAUCUAAGACAGCAAAGAAGGGAAGUAUCUGAUAUACUGAAGGAAUUAAAGCUACAAGUUAAUACAAAAACUUCAAGGCUUAACAUCAAUACAGAAAAUAUCUGGAACAGUGCUUUAAAGGGAUUUAGACAGCGCAACUUCAAUCCUACAAAUUCCAUUGAAAUAAAGUUCACAAACUGCAAAAACAGAUUCAAGACAGUUAGUUUUGAUGGAUCCAAACAUCAUUUCUUCCAGUUAUUAAUGCUUCAUCUUCAGAACUCAUCACUGUUUGAGGGCUCUUCUGUAAAGAAUCUAUCCCUUGAUUCUCAAGCUGUAAAAGAGAAUCUCUAUUUUGAAGCUGGCAAAAUGAUUGCAGUUUCUUUGGUUCACGGUGGCCCAUCUCUUGGCUUCUUUUCCAAAACGUUGUUCAAUUGUCUUGUCUACGGUCCAGAGAACGUGAAACCAGCCUUGGAAGAUGUUGCUGAUGUUGGUGUAGCACAAACAAUAAAAAAGAUAAAGUAUUCAAAUAGUCUAUCCAACCUACAGUCAACAGUACAUGACUGCUAUGAAUUUCUUGCUGCUGCUGGAUGUUUAAGACCUGUAACAGCUUUGUGUGACAAAAAUAUGCUGGUGAAUGACAUAUUGAUCCAUCAUGUAAUCAAGAGAAUUAUUUCUCCUUUGGAAAGUUUUAAGCAAGGUUUAAAAACACUCGGUGUGCUAGAGAAAAUGCAAGCGCAUCCAGAUGCGUUCUCCAGCAUAUUUUGUCACAAACCUGAAAGACUUUCAGCAGAAACUCUUUGUGAUCUCUUUACCAUUGAUUGUUCAUCAGAUAAAAAUAAAGUUGAAGGUGCUGAUUUUUGGAUGGGUUAUUUGCAGGAUGUGGAAAGUGGAGAAUCUGUAAUAACACUGGAGGACAUUCUGCUCUUUGGAACAGGCUCUAUUUCUAUACCACCCAUUGGUUUUGAUCCUGAACCCACUGUUAAAUUUUUGCACAAAAGGUAUCCUGUUGGAAACAGACUCCGUAAUUGCCUAGAGCUCCCAAUAACAAAGACAUAUGAGCAGUUUAAAAGCAAAAUGGAGUUCACCAUCAGAAACACACUAAGAGUAGAAAGAGAAUAGGUAUUUUUGUUAUGAAACUGAAUGCUGAAAACUUUCAGUUUUUCUGUGGGAGUAUGUGCUUGCAAGUUGUUACUACAUUUUCAGACAGCGUGCUUUCUGCCUCUUUCCAGUUUUCCCCCUGAAGAUAUGCUAAAAGUAGUAAUUGUGCAAGAUGGAAAAUAAUUUUCAAAUGUAAAUUUGAUACUUUCUGUUGAAUCAUUUUCAUGUUUGAAGUUGGCUUCAAGAGCCAGCAGUCUCUUGCAGCACAGUCCUUAAAAAUUGGUACUCUUGCUAUAGACAGAUGUGAAAUGUUACAUAUCUCCAAGACAUUUUAGCUAUUUCCAAGACCUAAAUAUGUAUAUAUUACAUACUUCAGUAACUUAUUUAUCAAAGUCCAAUCAGGUGCAUUUUAAAGAUAACUGCUGUAGAGCCUCGUCUCAAGUAAAACUGUGAUGCAGUUUUUUCCUGUUGUUCCUUAUAUACUUUUUCAGUAAUCUUUUCAUUGAUUCACUUACAUUUUGAUUCCUUUAAGCCUAUGAAAGUUAGGAAACAUGGAGUUGUAAAGGUGUUGUUUAGUGCAUUAAAAUAUAACUGAAAUCUGGAGAAAAUCUAGACAAAAUAAGUACAAGAACAAAAUCUGAUUUUUAACUUGUUUUUGCUGUUAAAUAAAAUCUUUGGCAUUUGCACACGUUUCUGCAUUAUACUGUUAUACGAUGAUUGUUAACUUCCCAUAUAGCCAAAACAAACGCUGAGGUAAAUCUUUAAUAUGCAAAAGUAAGUGAUUUUAAAAAAAAUAAAUAUAAAAAUCAUUGACUAUGAAAGCUGUGCAUAAAAUCUUAUUGCUCAUUAGAACAUGGUGCUACUUCUUGCAUGAAGUCAGUAUUUUUGUAGGACUAUGUCCUGAAACUGAUCUGUUAAAGUACAGUGUCAACCAUCAAAUUUUUUCUGAGUGCUUGACACUUUUUUCUAGCUUUUAUUCUAAGCUCCUUCUUUUCAAUUUGCUUUUUGAGCAACUUGAACUGUAUAAAAUAUUUUGUAAUUCUGCAGUAUUUGUAUAAAUAAUAAGCUAUGAAAAAUCAGUAUGUCUACAGGUGUCUGGAUCAACAAAUAUUUGGCCUUAAUGAAUAUUCAAGUGUUAUCAGUAGUAAAAUUCCUAUAUGGAACCACCUUAAUGUUACUGAUAUUCAAAUUGUGAAACUUAAAGGAAGAUUUUUUAAAAAUGGAUUCAAGUCUUCUGAAAUUGUUUUUUCCUGUAUUAGU